AUGGUUAAGGAGUUGGGAAAUAAUUGCUAUCUUUUUCAGUUCUUUCACGAGUUGGAUGUUGAAAAAGUGAUCGACGGAGGCCCCUGGAACUACCAGCAAAUCCCAAUCAUUUUGCAUGAACUACAACCCAAUGAAAACCCUAGGCGAGUGGAACUGACAAAAUUGUUAGUUUGGGUGCAGAUUCAUAAUGUCCCGAGUGGAUAUCAAUCUGAACAGGUGGUCAAGGAUGUUGGAAAUUUUCUAGGAGAAUAUGUUGCAUCUGAUCCUAGGAAUUACAUGCGCAUAUGGCGAGAUUUUAUGCGCGUUCGAGUUUUCUUGGAUGUACGUGUUCCUAUCAAAAGGGAUAUCAUUAUACAGAGACCAAACUGUCCUGAUGUUUGUUUCAAUUUCGAAUACGAAAGGUUAAACACUUUUUGCUAUUUUUGUGGUAUAAUCGGACAUGGCGAUAGAAACUGUAAGUUAUUGUAUGAUAUGCCGAAGAUACCAAAGGAACGCUAUCCUUAUGGGCCAUGGUUGAAAGCAGAUUCGAAGAAAGUGAAACACUCUGGUGCUAAAUGGUUGCGUUCUGAGAGAGAUAUAUUACAGAGUAGCCGAUCCCAAGCUACACCGGUGGAUACCGCCGGAUAUUUUUUUCAACCAGGUCAAACGUCUGCCGGGCAGGGCAAUUCAGAUAAGGAUAACCAUAUCCCUAUCCCAAGUAAUCAGGGAAUCUUUUCCACAAAUAAUGCUAAUCAAAUGGGUAAGGAGGGCGAUAAUGGCGGGAUUGCUGCUCAUUUGAAUAUACAAACGGGUUCGAUUUUACUUACGGAUCCAAAACGGCGUAGGACUGAUGACGUGGAGGAUUUGGAUACACAGUCUAUGGAGGAUGACGUCAUACCCGAAACAAAUGAUUUGGGCUCAAAAAACUCUCAACAGGUGGGUUCCGCGUUUGGAAUCCACCCAGCAAUAUGA